ACUAAUUGCAGUUAAUAAUUGAUCCACGCAGGAGCCAAAGGUCUGCUGUGGGCUCGGAGCCCCGGCACCAAGGGCAGCUGAGCGCCCCGCGAGCCCGCGGCAGGAUGGCCUGGCGCCCGCUGCUGCUGCUCCCCUGGCUCGUGGCAGCAGUGUCAGGCAACACGGCUCCCGUCUUCAACAUGACCUUGGUAGACGUGCCCGAGGACCUGCCCCGAGGAGCCGUGGCCUUCGUGCUGACGGCCUACGACGCUGAUGGGGACCCGCUGCACUUUGGCCUGGAAGGUGCAGAUGCCUUCUACUUCAGCGUGAACUCGAACACGGGCAACGUGACGCUGGUAGCUUCGCUGGACCGCGAGACCAAGCCACGGCUCAGCCUCAACGUCUUGGUGUCCGAUGGGAAAAACCAAGUGGUCACCAAGAGGCUCACAGUGAUCGUGGAGGACAGGAACGACAACCGGCCCCUGUUCCAGAACGAGCCCUACACGGCUAACGUCCCCGAGAACGCGCCCAAUGGCACCACCAUCAUCAACGUCCUGGCCGAGGACAAGGACAGCGGCCCUGCCUCCCGCGUGUCCUACCAGAUCGUGGAGGUGACCCCGAACAAUGCCAAGAACGACGACCUCUUCCGGGUGCUGGGGAACGGGACCAUCCUGCUCAACGGGUUGCUGAACUACAUACAGCAGAGCACCUACUACCUCAUCCGGAUCAACGCCACGGACGGCGGGGGCCAGCUGAACGGGAAGCUGGUGUACCAGACUACCAGCACCUCGGUGUCCGUCAACGUCCUCGACCAGCCUGACCUGGACCCCCAGUUCCUGAACGAGCCCUAUGUGGGGUCGGUGCCCGAGAACUGCCCGCUGGGCACCUCGGUGUUGACAGUUUCUGCCAUGGACCGGGACACGGGCGUGAACAACGUCAUCCUCUACAGCCUCACCAAUAUCAGCCUGCCCUUUGCCAUCAACGACACCACGGGCACCAUCACAGUGACGGGCACCCUGGACCGCGAGAGCCUGCCCAGCGACGAGUUGCUGCUGGAAGUGCUGGCACGUGAGAGGAACCUGGACAUCCACAACCGGACGGCGCAAGCCCGGGCCGCGGUGACCGUGCGUGUGACCGACGUCAACGACAACCGGCCCCAGUUCUACCGCUGCGUCCUGCCCCACUGUGACUUCACCGGGCCCCCCCAGCACCGCUUCGAGGGGCACAUUGCCGAGCACGCCUCCGCCCGCCUGCCCGUCGCCAACCUCAGCAUCGUGGCCCGUGAUCCCGACAAGGGCUCCAACGGCACCUUCGAGCUGUCCCUGCAGGGCCCGGGUGCAGCCGCCUUCUCGGUGCUGCCCUCGCGGGUCACAGGGGAGGGCGAGGUGCAGGUCCUGGUGCAGAACCCGGCCUUGGUGGAUUACGAACAGUUUGAUGUGAUGACCGUGGAGAUCGUUGCCAAUGACACGAGGAACCCGGCAAACUGCUGCUCCGUGGCCACAGUGACCAUCCAGCUGGAGGACACCAACGACCACAGCCCCACGUUCAACCAGAGUGUGUACAAGCUGUACGUGGUGGAGAACAGCCCGCCCGGCACCGUCAUCUCCCGCGGCAUCACGGCCACUGAUCCAGACACCGGUGCCUUCGGCAACAUCUCCUACCAGCUGCUGCCUGAGAGCAUCCAGGACAUCUUUGCGGUGAACGCCGUGAGCGGGGAGGUGCUGGUGCGGAACGGGAGCCUGCUGGACCGCGAGAUGCGGGCCGUGUACUACGCCACACUGCAGGCCACAGACGGUGCCCACCUGACGGGCUCCACCCUGCUGGAGAUCGCCCUGGAGGACGACAACGACAACGCCCCUGUCGUCACCGGCACCUACAAGGUCUUCGUGGUCGAGGACCAGGAGGACGUUUCCGUGCAGAUCCAGGCCUACGACAACGACGAACCGGGCACCAACAACAGCCGCCUGCGCUUCAUGCUGGAGCCAGGGCCUUUCAGUGCCAACUUCACCAUUGACCCGGACACGGGGCUGCUGCGUAGCCUUGGGCCCCUGGACCGCGAGGCGCUGAACGAGACGUGGCACGGGCAGAUGGACGUGACGGUGCGUGUCCAGGACAGCGGCCAGCCCCCGCGCAGCACCCUCGUCAACAUCACCAUCACCGUGGAGGAUGUGAACGACAACGCGCCCGUCUUCAUCGGGCUGCCCUACAUUUUUGAGGUGCAAGAACGCCCGGCAGGGGCUUAUGUGGGUAGCGUGGAGGCUGUGGACGCCGACCAGACGGAUGUAAACCACCGCGUCUCCUUCCUCUUCGGCAACGGGAGUGGGUCCAGCAACUUCCUUCUGCGCACCCACCGCCUGGGCCCCGGGCACUACCAGGGCCUCCUCUCGCUGGCCCCGGACGUGCCACUGGACUACGAGCAGCUGUCGCAGCCAGUUUUCAACCUCACGGUGCGGGCUGAGAAUGCAGCCACAGAUGACGCGCUCACCGUGGUCAGCACCGUGGUGCAGGUGUACAUCAUAGAUGUCAACGACGAGCCCCCGACCAUCCAGCCCUCCCCGCUGCCCGACGCCCGCGUGGCCGAGAACAGCACUGGGCCCCAGCUGGAGGAGGUGACCACGGUGCAGGCCUCGGACCCAGACACCAACCACACGCUGAGCUUCCAGGAGCUGGGCCUGAGCUGCUACAAGGGGGCAGCGCCCGUGGGCUCCGUGUGCCACGGCUGGUUCCACCUUGCGCCCAACGGCUCCGUCUUUGCCAACCGCUCUGAGGUCGACUACGAGGUCUGCGACCUGGCACUGCUCGCCCUGCGCGUCCACGACAACUCCACCAAGUCUGGCAAUGCCUACAGCCAGAACGAGACCCUGAGAAUCAUCGUUGAGGACGUGAACGACAACAGCCCCGAGUUCCUGCCCAUCACGGACACUUUUGUCGUCAUCCCCGACCUCUCCCCCAUGGAUCUGCAGGUGGCCGUGGUCAGGGCCACGGACGUGGACACGGGGCCGAGGGGUGUCAUCACCUUCACCAUCCUCCGCGUCAUCUUCAUCCAGGACGGGGGCCUCGAACGCCCCUUCGAGAACCUCUUCAAGGUGGUGACCACGGCCAAGGACGGCGUCUACGUCGGCAGCAUCCAGGUUGCCAGCAACCUCGACGGGUCGCUGAAGGGCCAGUACCGGGUGACGGUGGAGGCCAAGGAUGGCGAGUCGCCAGUGCUGAGCACGCAGGCCGUGCUGGAUAUUUUCACUGUGGACCAGAGCUACCGGAUCCGGCUGCAGUUCAAGAGAGCUGUGGAUGAAGUGCAAGCCAACACCGACCAGAUCAAGAUGGCCCUGAUGGCGGCGACGAAGACGACGGUGUACGUGGCAGCCAUCCGGGCCCUGGUGGCUGCCCCAGCAUCCAGAUCUGCCAGGGCUGCAGCGCAGUCCGUGAUGGAGGCGUACUUCGUCUACAGCAACGGGACAGCCCUGGAGUUUGGCCAGUUCAGCACCAUCGUCCAGAGCGACCCACAGGCCCUGAUGGAGCUGGUGCAGCUCGGCCUCGCCGGGGGACGGUGUUGCGUUCUACCCUCACGCUCCCUCCUGCCCAGGGCCAACCCGGUGCUCAACCUCGCGCUCAGCCUGGACGAGGAUGAUCGGGACUCCUCGCUGGACAGCACCAGUGUGAACUCGCUGGAUGAAAACACGGUGGACGUGGCGGAGGAGGGCGGCGCCGUGCGUGGGGGCAGGGCGGGGGCAUCAGCGCGCACGUACAGCGGCGAGGAGCCCCUGGCAGCCGCCCUAUGGGGCCACCACGCGCACCCCUCUACAGGGAUGGCACAGCCGCCCGGGGAGCCCAGCCCGGCCGUCAUGGGCUUCAGCAACCCCAGCCUGGACACCACGGACUUGUGAGGGCGCCGGACAGCCAGGAGCAGGACUCUCCUGGAGCCGGCAGCCCCCGCGCCCCACAAUAAACCUGCUGGCUCGAGUCCAGGGCCAGGA